AUACUAAAUAUGACUAGGAAGAUCCUCUUACUCUGAAUUAAUGUUUUCUUACCAGAAAGCUCAGUGACUGCCAAAGGAGGUCUUGCAGUCUUGAUAAUUUUUGGUCUCUACAGACUCCAAAUUUAUUGCCAGCCCUUCAAAUUCACUCAGAAUAACAAUCUGGAGCUAAACUCAUCAGUUGCUACAGGAGUUACAUUUAGUGCUGGGCUACUUUUUGCAAGUGAUCAGCAACAUGAUGUGCUAGAUUUCCUCAUAUUCAUCUUCAUAUGUUUCUGUCACAUAAAAUUCUUCUUCAAUUGGUCCUACAUGAUGUCUGUUGCUUCUGAAGAUGUUAAAUCAAGAAACUCUCUACCAUCCUUGGCAUUAUCCUGAACAAGAAGAGAGAUAAAUACACUGGCUCAAUUAAAACUCAAAUUAUUCGCCAGGAACAGGAAAAGGCUCAAGAAGAAGAGACCAAAGAACAGGAAGGCUCAGGGUCAGAUGCUUAAGAAAGUCCAGAAGGUCGCUAUAAAUGACUCUAACUCAGACUUAGACUUCAUCAUCUCGAAUAAGAAGAAUAGGCAGGAUAAGCAGCAGAAGAAGGAUGAAAGAAGUAUACAGGCUGAGAAGAACUCUCCCUCUGUCCAGCCUGAGAGUUGUAUAAUAGAGCUUGAGAGAAAAUAUCAAGAAAAGCUUCAGCCUGAUCAAGUUCCUCACUCUUCAGAUGGACUGGCAAGUCUAAGUGGCCAGAAUUGAUACAACAAUGAGGCUCCAAAGACAGAGGAGGAAAAAGAGGUCCCUCAGAAUAUAGUUAAAAGUAUACUCAAAAGUAACAUCCAAAAAAAACACAAGUCAAAAAUUGAGCAAGCUUUUAAAAUAGAGAGGCGGAAGAAGAAAUCAAGCAAGGGUAAAUUCACUAAAAAGAAGCUAGCUGACGCCCCUAAAAUUGAAAUAAUGGAUGUUAUCCCUCUAAAUAACUCUUUCUCUCAGGAUAGUGAAGGUGAGAGCAUUAGAGCCCAGGACUUAUAUGUGAUGAACUACGAGAAAAGUGUUAGUGGGGGCCAGUCCUAA